AUGAAUUACAUAUAUUUGCCUCCAGUUCUUGAAAUCGUCGAAUGUGAAUUCAAAGACAUCAGUGUCAUUGCAGAUAGUGGAUCUGCAAUCAAUUUCGAUCAUCCUAUGUAUGAAUUCCUUUCAUAUGAUCCUAAGAUCAAAAUCGACAGCUGUCUUUUCUUGAACUGUGUUAGUGACUCAUGUCCAGGUGCGGUUCGCAUCAACUACACUCAUGCACAAGUUUCUAUCAACAAAAUGUGUUCACUAAACUGUGGAGGAAAUUACUAUACUGUUCUUCAUAUUCUUAACUAUUCACCAAUCCUUUUCAACUCAUCAACGAUAUAUUCAACAAACGGCAUUUCAUCGCAAUUUGAUGGAGCAGCAAUGGCAUUUUAUAACUCAUUGGAUUAUAAUCCAGAUUGUUCGGCAUUCAUAUCAGGUAUGAAUCAUACAGAUGGACGAUUUACAAUGGCACCAAGUCUGGCCAUUAAUGUCUCAGUUGAAUUUUCCAUACUUGACAAUUUAACUUCUGCAACAAUGCUAGGUUGGCUUCAUUCAUGUUCCAGAAAAUGCAAUUUUGUUGAACUUAGAUGUUCGCGCUGGUAUACAUCAUUUUUAGCAAAUACUUGCGACUAUGAAUUCAUAGAAUGUGUUUUCUACAAAACCGAAAUACUUGACAUUGUCGAAGCAUAUAACUAG